AGGAGUCUUGUCAUUUUGUGUAGGUGUAGAAAGAGCGGGCGCCGGUAGACCUCACAUAGUGUAUUUUGAUUUCGGUUGAAACGUACACUUCGUAAAUAAUUCGGGUUGUGUUAAAAUACAAAAUGUCUCAUUUUACACUUGUAUCCUCGACGAAAGCUUCUGAUGUGAUUCCUGUUAACAAGUAUGUGUCGCAGAAGACCGGUAUCACUGUGAUUAUAGCUGGUGUUGAAGGGCCUUUGGUCAACGGGUUCUUUUGUCUAGCAACUGAGGCUCAUGAUGAUGAUGGCUUGCCCCACACAUUGGAGCAUCUUAUUUUCCUUGGUUCCGAACGGUAUCCCUACAAGGGUAUCCUGGACUUGCUGGCCAACCGCUGCAUGGCGCAUGGCACCAAUGCAUGGACCGAUACAGACCAUACUUGCUACACCGUGUAUACAGCGGGAGAUUCAGGCAUGCUGACAUUGUUGCCUAUAUACCUUGACCAUAUUCUGAUGCCAACUCUUACGGACCAUGGGUUUAUUACCGAGGUCCACCAUAUUGAUGGAGAGGGUGAGGAUGCUGGAGUUGUGUAUUGUGAAAUGCAGGGGCGGGAGAAUACUUCAUUUAGUCGGUGUGAGCUGCAGUUGUUGCGUGCCAUGUAUCCCAACAGUGGGUAUUCUGCUGAAACUGGUGGUAUUAUGAAGAACCUGAGAACAUCCACUACUAAUACAAAAGUAAAAGCUUUCCACAAACAAUUCUACCGGGCGGAAAACCUGACCAUCAUUCUGACCGGUCAGAUCGACGCUGAGGAUGUGUUCCAAGCUCUGGCCGUCGUUGAAGAUGACAUCAUGAAGAAGAAAGGAGUAUGCACCGCAUGUGAGGACCCCUUCGUGAAGCCAUGGCAGACCAUCCCUCCCACGCCUGAAUACGGCGAGUACAAGGUGCAGUGGCCCGCAGAUACCGAAGACUGUGGACAGGUGAUGUUUGGCUGGCGCGGACCUCUUUUAACGCAUGAGAACGCUCUUAAAGACCUGACUGGAUGUGCGAUUCUGCUGCGUUACCUUUGCGAUACCGCUGCGGCGCCGCUACAGCGUUGCCUGGUAGAAAAGGAAGAUGCUUUAGCCGGAGAUAUAUCCUACAACCUAACCGAGAACAUCGCCUCUCUAAUCAAGAUCGAACUAGACAACGUUCCCCUAGACAAGUUAGAGGCAGCUCGUGACGAAGCCCUAAGCUGCCUGAAGACAGUCUGCUGCGGCGAGGAGGUGUUGGAUAUGGAGCGCCUGCGCAGGUUGUUGCGCAAGCAGCUGCGCGAGUCCAUCGCCAGCCUCGAGUCUGACCCGCACCACUCGGUGGCCUUCCGCUGUAUUGGAGACGCUUUGUACUCGCAGAACCUGCAUGACUUCACCUCGCGCAUGAACCCUCAAAAAGACCUGCACGCCUUAUUGGAGGAGUCUUCAGACUACUGGCUCGGUCUUCUCCAGGAGUACUUCACGGAUGAUGUCGUCAUCAUCAUGGGUUCCCCGAGCAUUGAACUGCAGACCAAAAUGGCUGAUGAAGAGAAGGCUCGAUUGGAAGAGCAGAGGAGGCAAUUAGGCGAAGCCGGAUUAGCUGAGAAGGGUAAACGGUUGCAGGAAGCUAUGGACUUCAACGAGCGCGCGCCGCCCGCGGGCACUCUGGCGUCAGUGCCGGUCCCGCCGUGCUCCUUCAAGUGUCACCAGAUACAGUCGUGGAGCACGGACGGCGAGCCUUGCCCGCACUUCGACUUGAAGGAAUUGCCCAUCUACGCCAGGAUACAUAGUCUCAAGACCAACUUCGUUUAUAUCAACCUAAUGUUCGACACGACGUCAGUGGACCAGACGGCCCGCAAGUGGCUCCCGCUGCACCUGAACGGGCUCGCGGAGUGUCCCGUGCGGCGCGGGAACACGCUCGUGCCGCACGAGGACGUCAUCCGGGCCACUGAGCAGCUCACCGUGUUGUUCAGCAACGACAUCGGAUUCGAUCGAGGCGGAAACUUCUCCGUCGGACAUUUUGGGAACUUUGUGCAUAUUGAGACCAGGUGUGAGCCAGAAGACUACGAGGCUGUAGUGAACCACUUGUACGAGAUCCUGUAUGCCGCUGAGAUCACUAAGGAACGCUUGCUGGUCUUCGCUCAGAGGCUCAUUAAUGAUGUCGCUCAGGUAAGGAGAGCAGGUGACAAAAUGAUGUACGACGCUCUCCGCGACUCGGUGUACAGCAAAGACAGCAACAUGCACUGGUGCACUGUCCUGAGACAACAGAAGUUCCUCAAAGAGCUCAUAGAACAGCUCAACGCCGGCGGAGACUCCGCCGAGGCCGCGCUGUCUGAAGCCAGGGCCACCUUCAAGAGCAUCACGGAGAACGUGUGGCUCCAUCUAGCGUCAGACUUCGAGAGAUACAAGCUGAGCACCAAGCCGUGGCAGCAGUUCGCCAGGGAAAAUGAGAUCACUCCGCUGGCUCCCGCGCUGUACUGGGACGCGGAGCUAGUGUCCGCGUGUGCGGGCGGGUUCGUGCUGGGCGUGGGCGGGUACGAGUCCUGCUGCGCGGCGCAGCUGGCGCCCGGGCCCAGGGGACACGACGUGCAGGUCGUCGCGCCGCUCAUGGUCGCGCUCAACUACUUCACGCAGCUCGAGGGUCCGAUGUGGCGUUUGAUCCGUGGUUGUGGUCUGUCGUACGGCUAUGCAAUCCGUAUGUCGCCAAACGAAGGCAAGCUGAUCUUCUCACUGUACCGCGCCACCAACGCCGUCGCCGCAUACACCAAAGCUAAGAGCAUUCUGGAAGAUUACUUGAGGGACGCCAAGUUCGACCCGGACCUAUUCGCGUCCGCCAAGAGUACGGUUCUGUUCGAGGUGGUUGAGAAUGAGAAGUGUCCCGCCGACGUCGUCAAGCGGUCACUCAUGAACUAUCUCUGUAGAGUCGACGCCACUUACUGCAGCGACCUGGUAGCGGCUAUAUCUGAAGUAACCCCGGAGCAAGCUCACGAGGCGGCGUCCCGCUGGCUGCCGACACUGUUCGACACGGAGCAGGGCAAGCUGGCGCUCGUGUGCCACCCCACCAAGGUCAACGACAUGUACACCGCCUUCGAGAAAUUGAACGUGAAACUGGACGUGUUCGAGUCCAUGGAAACCUCGCAUUUUAACGAUUAAGUACAACAUUUUAGGUGCUUUUAAGUGUAUUACUCUAUAUAUAACAAGACUAAGUAUUUUAAUGAUUAUAUUAUUUCCUCAGUAUAUCUCGAGACCGUCCUUCUCGCACUCUCGUGUAAGACAGUAGAGUGAACAAGACAGCAUGAUUAUUACGUCUCAUAAUAAUUUCUGUAACCUGUAUCAGUAUGGCAGUACAAAUGAGCCUAAGUGUUAUUUUUCAUACAUUCUAUUAUAUUUUUGAUUGCUUGGCUGUGCCUUACGUAUACUGAAAUGUACAUAUUAUAUGUUACUCAUUUUAUAACUAUUUGCAAGAUCUAAUUAUAAUACGUAUACAACA